ACUAACUAUUGACAGCCACGCCAAAAUGUACCUUGCAACCAUCGUACUUCUUCUCCAGUCCAGAACUACCCUGUGUGGCAACGUAUUAGGUGUGUUCACGUUUCCUUCAAUCAGCCACCAACUCAUCUACCAACCACUAUGGAAAGAACUAUCCUUGAAAGGUCACAACGUCACGGUACUAACACCCGACCCACUCAACCACCCCUCUUUAACAAACCUAACCGAACUCAGCAUCCGCUUCACGUACGACUUCCUCAAACAAACCAAACUCCAAAACCUCAUGUCAAAAGACUUCAACAUCCUUCAAAGCGUGGAUUCUGUGUACCGUUUCAUGGACGCGAUCGCGGAAGUCGUACUCAAUAGUACCGUUUUCAAACAACUCAUCGUCGAUCAAACCAGACACUUUGAUCUGAUUUUAAUAGACUGCUUCCAUCCCUCCAUGUACGCUCUAGCGGGAAGAUUCAAAGCACCGAUCAUCGGAGUUGCACCCUGCGGGAUGCUAGCAGCUUGGUACGACAGUACCGGAAACCCCACCCAUCCGGUACUACAUCCAGACAUUUUGCUGAAGUUCCACGACAGAGAGUUGUCGCUGUGGCAAAAAACCAAGAGUGUGGUGUUCGGGUUGUGGACCAGGUACUACUACCAUGGUGUUCUAGUACCACGAGUGCAUGAUAUAGUGGCCAAACAUCUUGGAAAUUUAGGAUACUUAACCAAUUUUGAGAAAAAUCAAAGCAUGCGUUUGCUUAAUUUGAACCCAGCGGUGUAUCCACCGAGGGCGAAUGUACCAGCUGUGGUAGAAACGGCACUGGGGCACAUUCAACCCGUGAAACCACUACCUGAAGAUUUGCAAAAGGUACUAGACGGUGCUACUGAAGGUGUGGUUUACGUUAGUUUAGGGUCAAAUAUCAGAAGCGUGGAUUUAGAUGCUAGACUAAGAAAGGUUAUAGUAGAAGCGUUGUCUGAGUUACCGUACAAGGUUCUGUGGAAAUGGGAGUCCGAUUGUUUGUUGGAUAGACCCAAGAAUGUGGUAACCAGGAAGUGGUACCCUCAACAAGACAUUCUUGCACAUCGAAAUGUUCGUGUUUUUGUUACCCAAGGGGGUCUUCAGUCCACUGGGGAAGCUAUUUCUAGAGGGGUACCACUGAUUGGGAUGCCAUUCAUGUCUGACCAACCCAUGAAUGUGCAAAAAAUCGUGAAGAUGGGGAUUGGACUGGGGGUUGAUCCAGUUAGUGUGAGCAAGGAGGAACUGAAGGGGUGUAUAAUUGAAGUGGUGGAGAAUCAAGGCUACAAAAGACGAAUUCAGGAAGUUCGUAAUCUUUGGUACGACGUUCCAAUGACUGGGUUGGAUAGAGCAGUCUGGUGGUCUGAGUACGUUAUUAAACAUAAAGGGGCAAAACAUUUAAGGAGUCCUGCAGCUGAUAUUUCUUGGUGUGAUUAUUUUCUAGUAGACGUUGUUUUAACAACGGUACUUGUAAUAAGUGGUACUAUCUAUUUGGUUCACAAAGUAAUCCAACUGCCAUUUAUAACCUGUUAUCUGUAAUUUAUG